UGGAAGGAGAUUUUGAAGAGACGCUGUUUGGGCUUCGCAGACUCGGCGAUUGAACCCGAUCCUGCGUUUCUGCGCGUCGAAUCGUCGAUCCAGACGAUUCCAUGGAAUUCGCGAUUCUGCAGCUGUCUUGGAUCGGUAAGGUACCGGCGAUCCUCAGAAUCGUAGACUCGUACGAGUCAACUCGCGAGUUUGACUGCCAUGCUUGGACUGGUGUUAGAAGCAAAGAGUACUGGGAUUCGAGUCCAAGAACUGGAGGAAUGUCAGGAUUGGCAUACAAGCUUAAAGGGCUUAAAGCUAUCCUUUCUAAGUGGAAUAAGGAACAUUUCGGGGAUAUCUUCAAAGAUGUCAUUAAGAAUGAAUUAAAGGCUGCUAAAGCUCAGAAAUUGUUUGAAGAUUACCCCACAGAAGAUAACAGGACUGCUUCUAAUCUGGCUUCUGCAGAGCUUAUCAUUAGCCUCAAUAGAGAACUUGGAUACUGGAAGCAAAAAGCCAAUAUUAAGUGGAUGAAGGAUGGGGACUGCAACUCAAAAUUUUUCCACUCCUAUGUUAAGGGAAAGAGAUGUAAAUUAUCUAUAAGGUCUAUUGUGGACAGUAGUGGUAAGAUCCUUAACACUCAGGAGGACAUUAGCGGAGAGGCAGUCAAGUUCUACAAAGAAUCUUUCUCUCAAGUGUCCUAUCCUGAAACCAAUCUGAUAUCAUCUUUUAUCCCAAAAGUGAUCAAUGAUCAUGACAAUCUUUCUAUCUGCUACCUGCCUACAGAAGAAGAAAUCAAAAAGGCUGUUUGGGAACUUAACCCUGACAGUGCUGCAGGUCCUGAUGGUUUCAAUGGACACUUCUUUAGAACUUUUUGGGACAUCAUUAAGAGGGAUGUUAUCUUGGCAUGCCUGGAGUUCUUUCUGGGUUUUCCUGUGCCUAAAUCUUUUGGGAGCACACUUAUUACACUUAUACCUAAAAAGGAAGACCCUAAAAGAUUUGGGGACUAUAGACCUAUCUCUCUAUCGACCUUCAUGAGCCACUUUAAUACUGGCAACCUCCCUAUGGUCAGUCACUUGGCCUUUGCAGAUGACUUAGUCAUUUUUGUGAAUGGUGCUUCAAACAACCUUAAGAAACUCAGGAAGAUUCUUGAUGACUACCAAAAGGCCUCAGGUCAAGAGGUUAACUUGUCUAAAAGCUGCUUCUACACAGGAAAAAAAGUUCAUCCACACAAAAUCAUUAACAUGUCUCAAAGCCUGGGGAUGGCCAAUGGUUCACUACCAUUCACCUACCUGGGAGCUUCCAUUGUGCACACCCUUCCUCAAUCUAUAAUCAGGAUCCUACACAUGAAGAUGGCUAAUUUCCUAUGGGGCUUCAGGGAAGGAAAACCUAAAUAUCACUGGGGUCAGUGGAAAACAUUAUGUACCACAUAUGAUGAAGGUGGCUUGGGAAUCAGAAGCUUGGAGGAUAUUCAAGAAGCUUACUCUAUGAAACUGUGGUGGAAGGUGCAGACAGGGGAGAGCAAAUGGGCCAGAUAUAUGAGGGAGAGGUAUCUAAGACAGAAUAUUAUUAAAGAAAGGGUUAUUGACUCUCCAAUUUGGAAAAGAAUUUGCAGGGUUGACAUCAAAGCUUCUGAUCAUAUUCUAGUGAAGGACAACCAGAUUACCUGGAGGGAUGGGGGCUUCUCUCUCACAAAGGCAUACAACAUCUGCAGGGAUGCUAACACCACACAACUCAGCUACUCCUACUGCUGGAAUAAUUCCCAAAUUCCUAAGGUGAAAUUCUUCCUUUGGAGAGCCUUAAAGAACCUACUUCCAUUCCACAACAACCUGAGAAAAAUGGGAUAUCACCUAGCUUCAAAAUGCCCCUUGUGCAAUCGGAAGGAAGAAACAACUGAUCACAUACUUCUUCAAUGCCCUUGGAGUCAAGAAAUCCGGAAAUUCUUUGCUGAUUCUCUUCAGGGUCCUAAUCCUAGGCCUAUGCUUACACUCAACCAACACAUUAUGGAAUGGAAUCUGUCAUACAGAAAGAAAAAUCUUAAAGGCAACCUGCGCCUGAUUCUUCCGGGAAUCAUUGCCAGGCAGAUUUGGAAGGAAUACAACAGAAUUAAAUAUGAUAAUGGCACCCCUAACUCCUUUAAGGUCAAGAAGGGUAUACUGGAAACAACACAUUCAUGGAGCUGGACAAAGAGAAAGAAAAAAUGGAUGAUCAAAGAUCCCAGCCUAGAUAAUAUGGGAUUCAAGCUCUUCUACCUUUUUGGAAAGGAUGUGCGUAGAAAGAAUAUGCUUCUAACCUUUUAGAUUAACGGUGAUAGCGAGAAGAAAUAGAAGUCGAUUAUCAUUGACCAUUGGUUUAACUAACUCCAAACUUCUAUCAUCUCAAGUCCGGUCAAACCACAGUAGAUUGGUCGCAAUUCCAGGUCUUGACGCCAAGGUCAAUAUACAAAUUCAAAGAAUAGGGAAUAACGUGUACAAAUUCACACAUAUAAAUUCAAAGAGUAAAUGAAAAAUUGGGAAAAUACCUCGUAGAGAGGUCGCUGCAGUUUGUCUGACUGCACCAGCUGGACGUCGAUGGUGGUGGAGUACCAAACAAAGCUGGACGUUAGGAAAAAACCUUGUAGAGAGGAAAAAGCUCUGGGACACGAUGGCCCAUUUAGACAGGGUACCCGGAGAAGAUGGUUGUGGAGUACCGGGAGAUGGUGGAGAGGGCGGAGAAGGCGGUGGUGAAUCAGGUGUUCGUGGGCAUAAAGAGGACUUUGAGACGAAGAGUAGAGACGACAAUGUAGAUUGGCUCUGGCAGUGAUCGACUUUGAGACGGAGAUCAGAGCAGAGAUAGCGACGGAGAUCGAAGAAUAGAGAGGGAGGGCAGACGACAUCAAAUUAGAUCCCCAAAAGCGCAAAGGCUAUGG